AUGGUGUGGCAGCCUAAGAUGAAAUUUGAAAUCAGAGACACAAGGACAUACUGCAUAUUUCAUGAGGAUUAUGGGCACGAGACGGAUGGGUGCAGAGACUUAAAAGAGGAAAUUGAGAGAAUGAUAGAUGCAGGCGAGCUGAGGAAGUUCAUAGCUCACAAGACGAAAAGCAGUGAUAAGGGGGAGAAGAUGAGUAAAUACGACAAAGGAAAGGAAAAAGAAAAAGAGAGGCCGUCAAAAAUUCUGGGAACUAUACACAUGAUCAAUGGAGCAGGGCACAGUAGUUCGACAAUUAGAAGAAAACAAAAGAGAGAAGUGAUGAACAUCAGAGAAACCUACAUGCCACCGGUGAUCUUUGACGUUGAGGAUUACGAGCAUGUGAAAGCGCUCCAUAAUGAUGCUUUGGUGGUAACCACCAUCAUCGAAAACUGGAACAUGGAGCGAAUCCUUAUUGAUGAAGGAAGUGCUGCAAAUCUGAUGACGAAUGAUGCAUAUAAGAUGCUGGGAGGAACCGCAGCAAGGUUGCGCCGAGUACCGAUCCCGCUAUCUGGACUCGGGAGCCCCUCAAUCAACCCACUAGGUGCCGUCACUUUGGAAGUCAUAAUCGGCCCGGAAAGGGGGAUCAACAAGAAGGUCAUGUCGCUAUUCAACAUAGUGGACAUGGAACUGACAUACAAUGCCAUCAUAGGGAGACCUUUCCUCCAUGAAUCAGCGUUAGUAACCAGCAUAAGAGCCCUGGCGAUGAAAGUACCAACCGAGAAGGGAAUGGUAACGCUGAGAGGAGACCAGAACAUCGCCAAAACAUGCUACGACGAGUCUGUUGUAGAUCUCCAAGAAAACAAAUCAGAAAAGAAAGGAGAGUAG